AUGUGGAGCUGUUUUCCGUGUUGUGCCUCUGAAGAUAAAAUCCAUGAAAGGUCAUUGAAGAAGAGCAUUCAAGAACUCAAGAGAACAAAAUCCUUAACCUCUUUUGCCAAUUUAUCCAUCAAAACUGAUGGCAGCAAGAGACGGUACAUAACCGAAGAAAUCGAAAAGCUCGGGAAGGGAAACAUUACAGCCAAUAUCUUGACGUACAAGGAACUUUCGGAGGCCACUCGGAAUUUUAACUCUGAAUCUCUUAUAGGCGAAGGCGGUUUCGGGAGGGUGUACAAAGGUCGCCUGGAGACCAGAAACAAUAUUAUUGAUGUUGCAGUUAAGCAGCUAGAUAGGAAUGGCUUCCAAGGGAACAAAGAAUUUCUGGUUGAGGUUUUGAUACUGAGUCUUCUUCACCAUCCUAACCUUGUUAACUUAGUUGGAUAUUGUGCUGAGGGAAAUCACAGGAUUUUGGUCUAUGAGUACAUGGAAAAUGGCUCCUUAGAAGAUCACCUUCUAAAUCUAAGUCCUGAUAGAAAGCCUUUAGACUGGAACACGAGGAUGAAAAUCGCGGAAGGUGCGGCUAGGGGGCUCGAGUACUUGCACGAAACAGCUAAUCCUCCAGUUAUUUAUCGUGAUUUCAAGGCAUCCAACAUACUCUUAGACGGUGAUUUCAAUCCCAAACUUUCCGACUUUGGGCUGGCAAAACUUGGUCCGAUUGGCGAAAAUGAUCAUGUCUCGACUAGGGUAAUGGGGACCUAUGGCUAUUGUGCGCCCGAAUAUGCGGCCACAGGCCAGUUGUCAACAAAGUCCGAUGUAUACAGUUUUGGUGUCGUGUUUCUGGAGCUAAUCACCGGGAGGAGAGUUAUUGACACUUGCAGACCCACCGAGGAGCAAAACUUGAUUACUUGGGCGGAACCACUGUUUAAAGACAAGAAAAAGUUUCACCUAAUGGCUGAUCCAUUGUUAGAGGGAAAUUAUCCUGAGAAGGGACUAUAUCAAGCUCUUGCAAUUGCAGCUAUGUGCCUCCAAGAAGAGGCCACCACUCGGCCUUUUAUCAGCGACGUUGUUACUGCUUUGGAGUUUUUAUCCGCAGCAAAAAGUCCGGUAGCUAAUACACGACAACAAAAACAUGGUGACGAUGAUGAUGAUGAUGAUGAUGACGACGACGAAAAUAACGGUGGUGAUAUAAAGUGUCAAUAA